GUUCGGGUUCGACCACCCCGAGUUAUGGUACGAAGCUGCCACUGCGAUCGUCCUUGUUUGUGUCGGUUCAGGACAAAUUUUAUUUCUUCAUUUGCAGACAUCUCUCACCAAACCCAACCCGGAUUUUUCUCGACUGAGACUGGAGGAGAGCGGAGAUCUAAUCAGAAAAGCGAAGAGACCCCAAAGAGGAGGGAAACAAACUUUAUUUUCAAGGUAACUUGAUGGAAGGAUUGAUAAGUUCACGCAUCACUCCCAUUCGCCCUCGUUUUAGUCGCCAACAAUCUCCUCUUUGUUCUGUGAACUCUCUGCGUAUAUCUCAAAGUGUGUAUAAGAACCCUAUUGGGAUGGCCAACCAAUCCACAAAGUUCACCUUGAUUGCCGCUUCAAUUCAGCAGCCCUUAGAGUCCUCUUCUGCUCGCUUCAGCAACACCGUCCCUUCUAAAGAGGUUCUUGAGAUAUGGAAAAGUGCUGAUGCAGUAUGCUUUGAUGUGGAUAGUACUGUCUGCCUGGAUGAGGGUAUUGAUGAGCUCGCGGAAUUUUGUGGAGCUGGAAAGGCUGUUGCAGAGUGGACUGCCAGGGCAAUGAGUGGCUCUGUUCCCUUUGAGGAUGCUCUUGCUGCUAGACUCUCUCUGUUUAACCCUUCUCUGUCUCAAGUCCAGGAUUUCCUUGAGAAGAAGCCAUCCAGGAUUUCUCCAGGAAUAGACAAGUUGAUUAAGUAUCUGAAGGCUCAUAACGCUGAUGUGUACCUGAUCUCUGGAGGGUUUCGCCAAAUGAUCCAACCUGUUGCAUCAAUUCUUGGGAUUCCAUGUGAAAACAUUUUCGCCAAUCAGCUUCUCUUUGGAAGUUCUGGUGAGUUCCUUGGGUUCGACAGGAAUGAGUUUACUUCAAGGAGUGGUGGAAAGGCCACUGCAGUUCAACAUGUAAGAAAGGCCCAUGGAUACAAGUGCUUAGUCAUGAUUGGGGAUGGUGCAACUGAUCUUGAGGCUCGUAAACCAGGAGGUGCCGAUCUGUUUAUCUGCUAUGCAGGCGUUCAACUUAGAGAAGCUGUUGCUGCAAAAGCCGAUUGGCUAGUUUUUAAUUUCCAAGAUCUGAUAAAUUCCUUGGAAUAGAAUGAUGCCCUCUUAGUAGUGUUUCUUGAUUCCCUUGUUUUUGUUUAUUAAUUCCAUUGGGUUGCAUGGUUCAUCAACCCUUCCCAGUUUAGCCCAUCAUCCUAGCUAGGAUGAAAAUAUGGUACUUGUGAUUCUUUUUUCUUCAUGAACCAAAAAGAAAGGAAGGAGAAGCAAAAAGGGGAAAUCCCAAUUUGAGAAAUGAUUGUGUUGGCUAUGUGUAGUAAAAUGAAUCCUCAUUGAAAAUUUCGUUUUCUUCUUUCAGUUUU